GGCGCCAGCCUCCGGCUGUUUGAGUGAACAUGGCGGCCCGUUGCUUAGCACAAAUUGUUAUAAGAUUAUAACCUUGAUUUGUCAAGCUUCUUUCUGAUUUCAUUGUUUAUCGUAUUGACUUGUGUGCUUCCUGUAUCCAUAUAUAAAGACACACACCGAUAAAUAUGUCGGAUUCGGAGGAAGAGAGUCAGGAGCGGCAGCUGAAGAUGGUGUUAAUCGGAGACGGAGCUUCGGGAAAGACAUCACUCGCCACUCGUUUUGCGCAGGAAGCUUUUGGGAAGCAGUACAAACAGACGAUAGGGCUUGAUUUCUUCCUCAAGAGAAUCACACUGUCAGGGAACCUGAAUGUGACUCUGCAGGUGUGGGACAUUGGAGGUCAAACGAUUGGAGGAAACAUGUUGGAUAAGUAUAUCUACGGAGCUCAUGGUGUCUUACUGGUGUAUGACAUCACCAACUCUCAGAGUUUUGAGAAUCUCGAAGACUGGUAUGGUGCAGUGAAAAAAGCACAUGAGGAGUCAGACACGCAACCUGUUAUUGCACUGGUGGGCAACAAGAUUGAUUUGGAGCAUAUGAGGACGGUCAAACUGGAUAAACACCAGCGUUUCUGCCAGGAGAACAGCAUCAUCAGCCAAUUCGUGUCAGCCAAGACUGGAGACUCGGUUUUCCUCUGUUUUCAGAGAGUGGCUGCUGAGAUUUUGGGAAUAAAACUGAAUAAAGCAGAAAUAGAACAGUCCCAGAGGGUGGUGAAGGCCGACAUAGUAAACUACAGUCAGGAAUCAGUGGCUCGAACAGUCAACGCUCCACGCAGCUCCAUGUGUAUCAUACAGUGAUGAACACAACAUCAUCUUUCUCUCUUGGUUUAUCAAGAGACCGCAACCAGCAAAAAAAACACACGCGCACACACACACACAUUCUUGUACUUCUGUCAUUGUGUAGACUAAUUGACAUGAUACAUUCCUGAGCCCCUUUAAUCAUUACAGCUCAAUGCCUAACCCCAGCCCUGACCCUAACCUAAAACUAAUUCGAACCUGAGCCCUAAAGCGAAGUCUUAAAGGAGAACUGAAGUCGUUUUUAAACUUGCUUUAUUUCUUAAUUAACAUGUUCAAUUACGUUUUCGGUUUUAGUAACCUUAUAUCGUGACUCGUACUGGCAACUAAUUGCAAUUAAAUAUUAUACUUAUUCGGUUUUUAGCCAUGUUGAAUUUAGUUCGUUUGGUCCACGGCAGGCGUCGCUUAUCCGCGCGAUCUUCACGAGACUUGUGCGAGACUUCGAAACGUGAAGUGUCAGCCAGGUGUCAGCGCCGCCAUUUUGAAAAUUGUUUUCCAAACGAAAUAUUGCGCAAAACCGAGUUUAAAUGACGAUUACUGCCGACUUUUUUCAAACUUUCCUGAUCGCUAUCAAAACAAACACAACUUCCGGCUUGAUUACAUCAGCGUUCGAAAGGCAGACGUCGGUCACUUCGAUUUCCGCUGUACGUUUUAUUUCCGUCCUACGAUGUCUCGCACAGGUCUCAACGAAUCUCAUUGACGGCCAUCGCUUUGACAUAGCGUAUUUCAAACACUCAUAAUUUGCUAUAGCAGUGACAAAAUAGCGAUCAAAACUGCAUUCCGAUAUUUAAUAAAAUGAGAAAUAGAAUUUUGAUCAUAAAAAAUUUGCCAAGUGAGGACUAGCCAAAAUGUCCUCAUUUCAAAAAAUCAAAAAAGUAAAAGCACACACACAUGCACAUGAUAUAAGAGAACAAAGGGAGAUAUAUAUAUAUAUAUAUGUGUGUGUGUGUGUGUUAGGGUGCAUCAGUUGCCCCCUAAAAAUGAAAAGUUCCUCCGAUCAUGAUGCAUUUUUGUUUUUAUGUUCCUUUUGGUAAGAAAAAACACUGGGUGAAAUAUUUUGACAAAAUUCUAAAGUUUAAUGGUGGCACCAGGAGCUCAAAGUUAUGGAAAAAACUGCUAUUUUAUGACUUUUAUGACAAAAUUUCGAUCACUUUUCAUGAAACAUUAUGGCACCUUAUAGAGUAUACCAAAUAUCUUAGAUACACAUGUUUAGUACAUAUUCUAAAUAUAUUAUCAAGCACAGUUUGAGUUUUAGCUGUUCAUUGAAUCAUUGUUCAACUACUUUUAAACAAUACAAAUGUAUUAUGAAUCACAUUAAUGCUUCUCAAUCCCUUGCAAAGGUUCUUAACAUGAUCUCUGGGUCACAAGAAAUCAAUAAAUGGAGUCCAACAUUGUGAUUCAAACCUUACGCGAAAACAUAAAAUAAGCUGUUUUUGGCAAAAAAUGAACCUCAUGGUGCCACCAUUAGACUUUUGAAUAUGGUCAAAAAAUUUUACAGGAUGUCUUUAUUGGUGAAAAGGAACACCUAAACAAAAAUGCAUCAGAUUUUAUGAAAGUGAGGGCAACUGAUGCACCCUAGUGUGUGUGUGUGUGUGUGUGUGUGUGUGUGUGUGUGUGUGUGUGUGUGUGUGUACUUGUAUUUGCUACAUAUUGAAGACUGGAACAUGUUUUUUUUUUAACCAACAGAGGACAUUUUUGGUAAAUGAGGACAUUCCGGCUGGUCCUCACUUCUUCAAAGGGCUAUUUGAGGGUUAAAGGAACAGUCCACCGUAUUUCCAU